UGAUAUGGGAUAAGGUAUGAACUGACGCAGACGACUGCUGGUGACAGACUGGUGACUAGUAGCUAAUCGCGCCCAUGUUUACUCUAGACAGAAAAGAUGGCGGACGGAUUGAUCACGGAUUGUCGUGUGUUGUUGUCGCGUUUUGACAACCUGAAGACUGUAAGAUUCGAGAAAUUCUGUGAAGUAUGGCGGGAGAUGAACUUUUCUUUAAUACACUGCGGCGGAAGAGACAGCAAUCGACGAAUACAGGUUGUUGACUAUCUGUUUCGCAUUAUCAGCACAUACCUUGAUUCAACUCCAAGCAGCUUUCAGUAUCGUGUCGGAGCUUUAUAUGCACUCUAUGCCAUUUAUCACACACAGAUUUGUCAGCCAAAAGUUAAGAUCCGUAUGACACUAUCUAUGAUGAAGGAUCUCAAAGAAUUACAUAAGCAAAUUAUUGAACAAAAGCACCAUGAUGCUGACUAUAUCCUGAGACUGCUAAACAAUGAAAAGGCUUUCCUAUUUGUUGCCAUGCCAAUACCGCUUUUAUAUGGAUCAAAAGAGGCCAUCACAAGCCAAGAAGAAGGCCACAGUUCUGCUUUAAUUGACGACAUCAAUGAUAAUGUGGAGGAGAGAUACAGAGCUCUUGAGUACUUGGAAGAGGCUCAUAGCAACUAUAAAGAAAUGAAGAACAAGUUACUGGAGGCAGGGGCUCUUUCAUCAGACAGGUCAUUCAAUGCCAUCUCUGAUGACUUGGUGUCUGAUGUAUCUUGUGAAUUACAAAAAUUUGAUGACUGGAAACGAACAAGAUGUCAGAAGCAUAUAUUAGAAAAGAAAAUUGGAACUUCAUUGGUAGAAGCUAACAGUACCCCAUCUGCAAGCAACCAAACAAUGAUAAACAAAGAACCCAAUCCAAGCACCUCUGUGACAGAUAAUGAGGGAAAUACAUCAAAGAGUGCGAGAAUAAACAACAUCAAGAAAAGGUCAUUUUCUACAGUAUCAAAGGUUUCAAGGAGCAUGAGACAUCUUCAACCAAGCAUUGAAUCUGCAGAUGAAGGAAGUAAAAGAACGAGAAAACGUUCAAAGAAAUAACGCUAAACAGACAUUGCACAAAUGGCAAUACUAAGUCAAAAUGUUAAAUGAUGACACAUAUAUGAGAAAUAUAGUAAUUGUACAGCCAAUAAAUGAGAAUCUUUGUGAAACAA